AAAUGAAUAACACAUAACCUCAUUUAGUAAUGAUGGAUAUGAUGAUGUGUUUCUACAAUUUAAUAAUAUUUCAAUGAGAAAUAGGGAAUUAUUUAAAAUAAGUACACUUGCCAUAACGUUUAUGAAAUAGAAUAUAUCUAAAAAUGAGUUUCCUUCAAGAUACUAUUAUAAUACUCGCAUCACAAAUAACAUUUUUUGUUGGGGCUUGGAUCUUUUUUAUGAAGAGGCUUUUUAAAAAUUAUGAAGUACGACACAUUAUGGUUCAAUUGAUUUUCUCCACCACUCUUACAUUGUCCUGCACAAUGUUUGAAUUGAUUAUAUUUGAAAUAUUAGGAUUUUUAGAUUCCAGUUCCCGGUUUUUCUAUUGGUAUGUGAUGCUAUAUUUUAUGCUUUUUGUUGUAAUAGUAUUGAAUCCGUUUUAUAUUGGAUAUUACUGCCUAAGUAGUGUCAGAUAUGUUAAACCGGAUUAUGUUAAAAGAUUGACUUUACUAGUAUGGUUGAUAUUUCUAGUAGUAUUUUGGAAAAUUGGAGAUCCGUUUCCUAUAUUGAAUCCAAAACAAGGAGUUCUUUCAAUGGAACAACUGGUAUCAAGAAUUGGAGUAAUAGGAGUAACUGUUAUGGCUUUACUAUCAGGAUUUGGUGCUGUUAAUUAUCCUUACACAUCCAUGGCUUAUUUUAUGAGGGAAGUUUCAGAAGCAGAUGUACUAAAUAUAGAAAAGAGAUUAAUGCAAACUAUGGACAUGAUUGUUUUGAGAAAGAAGAAACUGGCAAUAGCUAAAAAGCAGUCAUUGGAAAAAGUUAGUGAUGCAACAAAGAGAAGAGGUCUAUGGUCUAUUUUGUCGUCAGUAGGAGUAAACAGGAGUGAAGAAAAUAUUUCUCAACUUCGAUUGGAAACGGAAGGAUUGGAAGCCUUAAGUAGGACGUUGUUCCUAGAAGUCCACGAAAAUAGAAAUAUGUUGGAAAGAAUAGAGUGGUCGAAAACGUGGAAAGGAAUAUACUUUAAUUUUCUUGGAUACAUCUUUUCUGGGUACUGCCUUUGGAAAAUAUUCAUCUGUACAAUUAAUAUUGUAUUUGACAGAGUAGGGAAAAAGGAUCCGGUUACAAGGGGAAUUGAGAUAGCGAUACAUUGGAUGGGUUGGAACUUUGACGUAGACUUCUGGUCACAACAGGUUUCCUUUUAUCUGGUUGGUUGUAUUGUAGUGACUUCUAUUAGAGGCUUCAUAAUUACUUUAACGAAGUUCUUCAAUCGAAUGUCGUCCAGUAAAAGUUCGAAUAUAAUCGUCUUGGUCCUGGCCCAAAUAAUGGGAAUGUACUUCGUGUCAUCUGUCCUACUUCUAAGGAUGAAUAUGCCAGUUCAGUACAGAGCCAUAAUAACGCAGGUUUUAGGUGCCUUACAAUUCAACUUUUACCAUCGUUGGUUUGACGUCAUAUUUUUGGUGAGCGCCCUGGGAAGCAUUAUUACGUUGUAUAUGGCACAUACGCAACCGAUUCGAGACAAUAUUUAAAAUGUAUUUAAAGUUUUUAUCAAACGCUAUUGAUUUUCUAUUUGUGAUUUUUGUAUUAUAUAAACCAAAAAUAAAACUUUUUUAGU